AACAUUGCCUUUUUUUUUCCUCACGUCUUUUAAAAUAAAGAGUUCAUAGGAUCCUAGAAUCAUUAAGAUUGGAACAGACCUCCAAGAUCAUCUGGUCCAACCAUCCCCUACCACCACUGUCACCCACUAAACCAUGUCCCCAAGCACCACGUCCAACCUUUCCUUGAACACCCCCAGGGACGGUGACUCCACCACCUCCCUGAGCAACCCGUCCCAAUGCCUGACUGCUCUUCCUGAGAAGAAAUGGCUCCUCAUUUCCAACCUGAACCUCUCCUGGCACAACUUGAGGUCAUUCCCUCUAGUCCUAUCAGUUACCUGCGAGAAGAGGCCGAUCCCCAGCUCCCCACAGCUUCCUUUCAGGCAGUUGUAGAGAGCAAUGAGGUCUCCCCUGAGCCUCCUCUGCUCCAGAUCAAACAACCCCAGUUCCCUCAGCUGCUCCUGGGGUUGCUUCGAAGUUACUAAACACAACAAGAUUAAGCACGGUAAACCAACAGGGCUUAAUCUCCUAUUUCUCGAACAAAAUACACAUAUCAGUGCCCUGUUCACAUACACACAUCAUGAAACCCUCAGCGUAACGUUACUGAGUGCACAGCCCUGCCUCCCACACCUCGCCGCCCUGACAGCACCGGUUAAGGCACUUCACAUUCAUGUCAGUGGUUGUCUUCCUAAAUCUCACGUUGUACCAUUUAAGCAUGAAGAUUCAACCCAUAUCUUGCUCACUCUGCUUUUUACACACCCCCUCCAUUUAAGCAGCCAUACAAGCAUAUGCCUAUGGCAGAGAAUUUUUUCAAGUAUAAAAAAUGACCUUUCAGAAAUUAAACCACAGAACUUCCACCAAGCAUGUAACUUCCUCCCUAAACUGCAACUUUCCUUUGCAGUGCGCUGCGUAAGUUUCUUCCUGGUACAGGUAAGGUCUACAGCUUUAAACCACAUGUUUUUACUUAUUUAUUUAUUGUUAAGCACAAAUGGCAAUGUUGUACAAGAACUAGAGACAGUCAUCACUGCUUAAGUUUGUAACCCCACGAUAUAACUUCUUUUUUCUUUUUUUUACUGCAACUGCCUAUAAAAGACAUCACAAUCCAGAUAAGUGAAUGUUUUAAAAUCUUUUACAGCCAAAUCCCCAGUCUAAUUAGUGUUCUUAAAGAUAAUCCUACAGUAGAAUGUAAAAAUAAUGCUUUUUUUUUUUUUUAAUUUAGAGACUGUAGGUGACAUAUCACUGAGGUUGAGGAAUCAGGAAUUCCUUACUAUUACUAAUAAUGAAAGCAAAUAGAAGCACCAUUUCUUAUUGCCUAUUUAAAGUAAAAUGCACUGAUAUUGCUUUAUAUAUACACCCUGGAAAAACUAUCACUAAUCCUAGCUUGAGGUAAAAAUUAUAAUAGCUAAGAUAAUGACAGUUCCCUGUGCUUCUGCUAUGUUCAUUCAAUAUGCUUUCAUGUUUUGUAUUAGCAUAUUAAUACAAGAUUUUUUAAAGCACUGCAAUCAUUCUAGAGCAAUCCCAAUACAACUUAAGACUUUGGGUUUCCUACAAAGUUACUAGAAUGCAGAAUUUAGGGAACAUCUUGUUAAAAUCUUUUCUGUCCCUCUGGAUGAGCAUCUUCUUACUAAAAAACCGUGCCAAUCUUAUCCUUAUUCCACAAGGAUACAGUAGGCAUAGAUUCAUAGAUUUGCACUUAAAGUCAUAGUUAAAAUCCUUCUGUUUCACACUUAUGACUAUGCUUACUUUUGUUAUCCAAACUUAAUACAGCAACUCUUCAAAAGACAUGACAGCUUUGGAUAUUUCGAUAAUUCUGCACAGAUCAUAUUUAAAAUAUAUGUAUUUUUAGUUUUCCCUCAUAUUUCUUUACAUUCAUAAUGCAAAUCAACAUUGAAACAUUUGCAGAAAUACUGAAACAUCUGAAAACAUCUCAAGUGUACCUCUAGCUUGGGAAUACCUGGACUGAAUUAAUUUCAAUUUAAGAAUUCAAUCAAUAAAAAAGAGCAAAAACUUGUACAAACUGGGGAGCAUGCAAGGAAUCCAUGUUUCAAUGCACAGUAUAAGAUUAUACUUGCGUAGUUAUUAGAUUAGCUGUCCCAUUUAUAUUACUGCCAAGGGCAACUUCUGCUUUCCAUUAGCUAUUUAUACCAUUUUCCCAUAGAACAUCAUAUCAGUUACCAUCAGCACUGUGCCUGACAACCCAUUUUCACCUGCCCCUGGGGCAGUAGCAGUUAGCACCCUUGCUAGGCUGCAAGGCUACUACCAAAGAAACUCAAUGUAAAAGCUUUUCUAUGUCAACAGCAGGUAGCACUUAAAAGUAUUAAAAAAGGACACUUAAAAGUGUCCUCUCCUGCGGUAUUUGGCCUCUGUUGCUACAUUUAACAUUUAUACCUGCACCUAAAGCAUUUAUACCAAGAAUGGAAUAGAAAACUAAGUAUUUCUCUAUGAAAACAGUACAUUGCAACCCUUUUCAGAAAGCUUUAAAGGCUACGCAUCAGUGCUGUGAGGCAUUGUAAGCUGCAAAUGCCUCCUCAAGUUAGUGGCAGCAUAUGCCACUCAACAGCUGUCAGAUUAGGCAAUAAAUCUUAGUUACAGCUGGUGAACAUGUAUUCCAUGAAACCAGCAAUUUCCAGGCUUUAUACACAAUGUUCCCAUAGAGUUCAGUGGGGCAAUGGGAUGAUAUCAUUUCUAUCUGGGACCGACAGUCAAUUCAGUCCGGCUGCAAAACACAACACUGGAUUAGUGACUGUUUUCAACCAUUUAAAAUCAAAAGACACUAGGAAUUUUAUCCUGGCACGUUAAUAAAAUCACACACGUACUGCACUACUGAAUUUCUAAGUUUAAGAGAAGACUUUGGAGGGAAAAAAAAGUACAAGGAACUAGAAGAGAAUAUUUAGGAAAAUGGUCUGGAAUUAGGAAAAAGGAACAGAGGCACAGAGUCAAACUAAUGCAAAAUAAAGGCCAGUUCUGUUAUAUCUGCAUGUUCUUGUGAUUAGAUCAAUGACUUAGAAGUUACAUGUCUAUUUAUUGUACAGUGGCUUAAAAAUGUUUUGAUUGAGCAAGAUCUCUACAAGUAGUCAAUUACAUAUCUCUGAAUUUUUCUUCUGGCAAAUACUUUUUGUUUCUGCAGCAACAUGUUUUGCAAUUCAUGAUGUUUUAGGUACAAGAUUAGGCUCUUAAAAUGUGUUUCUUCCUCGUUUUAUUUUUUUAAACCAGUAGGCAUAUCACCACUUACCUACUUCAAAGUACUCCAAUAAAAUCCCCAGAUUAUUGCACAAGAAAUGUCGUAAGAAUUAUUAAUCAAUACCAGAUCCUUGCCCUAUUGCAAUUUGGACGUAUGCUCGAUCAUGUGUGGGGUAUUUCCUGUAUUUUAAAUAAUUUCCCUCUAACUUCAUAAUUAAGUCUUACCAGGUUAUCCUAUUGUGGCUUUAGCAGAACUGGAGAAGUAUACAAUUGCUAAUAUUUUAGCAGAUAGCAAUAGAAGAAUAAAACAGAUCCUUAUUGGUAUGCUGUGUGAUGUAUAUUGACUGGAGGGGACAAAUGAAUUUCUUACUUCACUCUACUCUAGAGACAAGAAGUCUUUGUAUUUUAUCACAUGAAGUGGCUUAACAUUUGGUUUCCAGAGAAACUAGCUGCAUUUAAAAGCUGACCACUGCUUAUAGAUUAUUUUUAUCAUAAGCCACAGAAACUCAGCUGCUUGUUUGGGUUGAAAACACGAGAUACUUAUUACUUUGUAUUAUUCAUCCAAAGCCAGCAGCUGGUACCUCAUGACUCCCAAGCAUACCAAUUCAAGCUUUCAGUUCCUUGUAGCCCUUCCCCAUUCACAUAGUUGUUCUGUUACACAACACGGAAACUGCAAAUCAGUUUGUAUUUUCUACUACUUGCAAUAAGUUAACUCCAUAGCAUGGAGUCUGAGUCCUCCCUCCCCCCAAUCUUCAAACAGUUAACUCUGGACUGUCUAAUCUAAAACUAAUGGACUUUGGACUUUCUAACAUAAAUCUAAAACUAAUCGCUGUGGAACCAAAAACUCAGUUACUGUUCACCAGCAACGAUGUUCUGGAACAGCUGAACAAACUUCAAGCAUAUGGCCUUAAGCAACCCCUCUGGAGUAUCUGGAUUUGUAUUAGGAAAAGGUCAAAAAUUAAGUGUCAUUAAGGAAGGAUCACAUUCCUGUGCAACUGAGAGAGGACCAAGCACAUUCAGUAGAUGAAAUGAUACAUUGAUUUACAUAAAGGAAAUUUAAGCAGUUGUACUAAGCUACAGCUGUCUACAUUUUACCCAUUUUAUCCCAAAGCUGACAUGAGCUGAUGCUCUAAUGGAUUAAACAUGAACAACUUUCAUACCUAAAUGAUGUUUAACUAAACUUGAAACACAAAGGAAUUUUCAAAUAUAACUUACAGUCCACAACAGGAAAGUCACUCAGGAUUUCAACUGAAUUGGAAACUUUUCUCCCCAAGCAAUAGAUUUUCCAAACCCAAGCCUACAGGUGACAUAUAAUUAACGAAAAGUCAUGACAUUAAUAUUAAACCUGUAAGCAUAUCAUUUAUUUUUGCUUUGCAAUUCUUGCUGCACUGGACGUUUCAAGCCCCAGCAACUGGGUCUUCUACAGGCAGCUGUCUUGAGACAACUUUGUGAUACUGAGUAAUCCCUUACUAACCUCACCAUGCAGCAGCCUCCUGUCUGUACAACACACAUGAAGUGCAAGUAGCGGCUACUACCCAGUGCAAGUGCUCUGUGACAGCCUAUGCCACAAGUACACAUGGCUGCCAUUGAGAGCCCUGACAUCAGCCUAAGGGAGGUUGUAUGCAUUCGUGCUGCCAAGCCCAAGGGCACUCUGAUGGGGCUCCCUUAAUGCAAUAUGCCCCUCAUUGUCACCCCUGUUCCCUCCUAGCCACAGCACCUUGACCCAACCUCACAGCAGCAGGUAGCCCUGUCAGGCUACGCACAAGAGGCCAUGCCCACAUCACCCAGAACAUGCCUAGCAAACUGUCAUAAAACGUAUCUAUUAAAGCCCUUCCACACACUUUACCUCACUCUAUAGCACGUAGAGCCCCUCCUCUACCAACACUCAAGCUUUCCUAGUCUUUUUUACACGGUUUAAGCCAUAAAAUGCAAAUAACGCCAGCUCUUCACCAACACAACGCCUCCUCUUGCCAGCCAUCUUGAGGACGGGCACGCGCCGCCAUCUUGGGCGAUGCCCUUCCUCCUCCAGCGAAAACCAAGCCACCCUGAGCGGGGCGGGCGGGUUUCUUUAGCUACCGCUUUGCCCUCACUAAAAAUGGCCGCCGGCAUAUCCGACCCUUCAUAGGGCGAACGAGAGGUCGCUGUGUCCCGGUAGCGGCCCUUUGUGGUCGGGGGCUGCAGGAAGCGAAGGCGCCGGGCAUCCUCCCUGAGGCGCGGCUGUGCUGCGGCGCGCCGGGGGCAGGUACGACGGUGGGGAGCGGCGCCUCUCGUGGGGCAACCGGGCUGAAGGGGCACUGGGACGGUCCGGUACGGGCUGGAGAGGCACCGCAAGGUUUCAUGAGUCAGACUGGGCUGUUUGGAGUUUCUUCUGAAGAUGUACAUGCUGGUUGAAAAUCGCACAAGUUCCUCUCUUCAUCUGAAGAGGUCACCUGGCAUCAGAUCUUGGUCUGUCUUUGUUGGAAUAGCCUCCAUAGGCUUGGCUGCUGCUUAUUACAGUGCAGACAGCUUGGCAUGGAAGCUCUUCUACAUGGCUGGGUGUUUCUUUGUGGCAGCACAGAAUCUGGAGCAGUGGGAGGAAGCUAUAUUUGAUAAGAACAAGGGAACUGUCUGCCUAAAAACAUUCAACCUCUACAGAAAAAUACUGACUUUAUCAAAAGGAGGCAAUGAACAAGUGGUGGCUCUACUGCAUGAGAUCAGAGAUGUGGAUGUGGAAGAAGAGACUGUGCGGUAUUUUGGGAAGGGUUACAUGGUUGUGCUACGGUUUAUCACUGGAUUUUCACACCCACUGACUCAGAGCGCUGUGCUGGGCUGUAGAAGUGAUGUGGAAGCAGUUGCCAAGCUCAUUACUAGUUUUCUGGAAUUGGACAGAGUAGCGAGCCAACAAGAUCUCUAUGAGAGCAGCGAAACAGAGGCUAGUGAUGCUGAUGAACCACAGGAUGAAUAUUAAUACUGUCACGAGCUGAAGAAAGCAGAGACUUCCAAACAUCUGGAAAAUAUGCUGGUUCUUCAGAAAGAAAUUCCUCAGUCUUAACCAGGGCAUUUAUCUACAUGUGCAUUUUCAAUGGGAGGAAUCUGUCUUAGGGCACCUCUUACAGUGCUAAACUGCUUCAAGAUCCACACUCCCAAUAAUGCCAUUGUAGAGUCCAAAGCAAAUUCUCUUUUAUUUCUUCCUUUGACUUAGUUCCUGAAUGUGGACGUUGCUGUCUUCUGAAUUUUGUCAGCUCAUCUAACACGUUUAGGAAUGGUUAUUUAUUAAAUGUAUUGGUUUGAAAUUGUUUAUUACUUUUCCAUUAAUGAAGCGGAGAUACAGAUGAAAACUUCCACUUACUGCAAACAUCUGCUGCAGGUACAGUAUAUGAAAUACAGAAUAGUUGAACUUGUAAUUCAUAACACAAUGCUUUGAGGUUUUCCUUGAAGUAUUGCAUAUGAUGGAAUAUGUUGCUAAAUUGUUUUUAAGCAGCUUAAUAUAUACAAUAAGGUGAUGCAGGGUAGUGGCACUUUUAUAUUCUCUACUACUGACUUGCCAUUAGAUACUAGUGGGAAUCAAAAUUUGAGUGACUGUCUGGAAUUCUAAACAGCAGGUUGAUCAACUGAUUGCCCUGUCUUCUCUUGGACUUGCCAAGGAGCCAUAAAUAAUAACCACAGAACGAUCAGGUUGAUCAUCCAGUCUUUGACGUGCUCUGAUUUAAUCCUGUUCUGUUUAACUUCUGGGCAUAUACUACUCGAAGAUAGAGUAGCCUUAUUCUAGACUUAAACUUUUACUAUUUUAACUGUGUAUUUAGAAAGGAGAAAAGCACAUGUUACCUUUUAGGUAGGGAAAGGACUGUCAUACAUUGCAGCCUAGAUUUGUUUAAUAUUUCCUCACUUGAAAUGGUAAAUAAUAACUUAGUUUUUUUUAAGAUAGCUGGGAUAUAUCUAAUGUUUGGCUUGUGCCCAUGUGUUACUCUGUACUGUCCUCUGUUCUGACCUAUGGUUUUACAAAUAGAUAAAUACAGACUUUCCAAGGUACUUUUUCCAAGUUAAAGCUACCUCUAUUAGUCAACAUGUUUUGCUAGAACUAAAACUUUAUUGUGCCUAUAUCAACAUGUCAGUACGGUAAGACAAAAGUUGUAAUGAUUUGCAGGUUCCUUCAGCAUGCUAAAAUUGCUUGUAUUGAAGUUGAUCAGCUUGUGCUAGGAGUUGUAUGGUUUUAAGACCUGCCUUAGAAAAUACUUGUAGUAGUUUCCUCAAGGAGAUCUGAAUGGGCUACCGGGUAACUGAGUGGUCUGCCUUCACCUUUAGCUAGCAGUUAAAUGUCUUUUAUCAACAGUUUCUUCAGGGCUUAACCUGCAUUCCUGUUUCAAAGCACUCCACCUCUUAAAGUAAAAGCUACGAAAUGAUUUCAGUAGAAGCUAGAUCACAUAGCAUGUUCCAGCUGUAAGAAACUGUGCACAUGCUUAUCUGACCAAAGACAGGCUGUAGCAUGAUUCUGCUUUUGCUUCCAGCCAUUUAUGUGAGCUGUGAGACAGACAUGCUCUUCUGUUGUUGCUUUGAAAGGUUAAUCAAAAAGUGUAACAGGGAGAGAGCUGCUUUUGAUGCAGCUUGACUGUGGCACAGAACCAGGUCUAUCAGUAUUAAAUAUGAGAAACUUGUAGUCAUGUUGGUAUCAAAGACCUUUGCUAAUGGAUGUGCUUGUGAAGUCCUCCAAAUUGGUUGGCUAAUUCUUUGGCUUUUAAUUUCCACCCCCACAUUGCUAGGUUUAGGAAGCUGCCAUGUACUAAUGUGGGAAAAUAGGUUGCAGCUAAUUAACCAUAUUUGACCUUUAUUCUAAAGCACAGCUGUAAACUACAAGUCCUCAAACCUGUUAUAAAAUAAAAAGCAGAAUAUAACACUUUAGAGAGAUCUUCAUUUAAAUCCACUCUAAUAUAUACCUUCAGUAAUACUUAAUCUGGAGAGGAGAAUGAGAUUUGGCAUUUGGAAAACUUUUCACUACUAUGUAAAAUGAGUGUCAAGCGUUCUAAGGACUUCCAAGAGUAAAUACUGUAAGAACUACGUAUUUAAUGGUAUAAUGUAAGUAAGAGGGCUCUACCUACAGAUACCUGUUUUGUAGCAAGGAUAUUCAGCAGGAGUACAUGGUGUGCCUGUGCAUUGCACUUAAUAUUCUGAACCUACAGAUUUGACCAUUAAGCGGAUGAAAUGGCCAAAACUACCUGCAUUUGAUCUUGAUUUCACUGUUUUUUUUAUAUUUCCAUGAGAGGUAAUGUCACAGGGAAAGUACACAACAUGUUUUGGCUUUCCAGAUAAACUGUUUUUAUGAAGGUAUUUCUGUUGAUCUAAUCCUCUACUGUAUCAUGUGCCCUACUUCUGCUGAGUUCUUCUCUUCAUCUAGCUUGCUGUACAUUCUGGAUGUUAGCAUUAUGUACUUAGGUAUCAUGUAAUAUUAUAUAAAGACUAAACUAAAAUAUAAGAAACUCAGUUUCCAGAAAGGGGCAAGACCUACUGUAAGGUAUUAGGUAGCUUGUAAUACAUUCUGUGGAAUAAGUCGCAUUUUUAGUUGAUGUCCAAUGAUCAGCUCCUUUAAGGUGUUCUGCAGUGUUCCUCUCACCCUCCAAUUUCCUACUGAUAGUAGGCAGGCAAGAGAAGAGAGGACUGGAAUGCUGUAUGUAGGAGGAAUAUUUUGAAACACCUGUCUUUCAUUUAGAACAGUUGGUGUGAUCUUCUCUGUACUGUUUGUUUUGUACAUGGCAGCUCUGUUCCCACAAAAUCUAGAAUCACAGAAUGGAAUCAUUGAAUGGCUUGGGUUGGAAGGGACCUUAAAGAUCAUUUAGUUUCAACCCCCCUGCCAUAAGCAGGGAUGAUCUAAAACAGUUUCAAAUGAGAACCUGAAUUCUGUAGACUGCUAACAACAAAGGCUGACAGAAUUCCUUAAAUGCUGUGGGUUCUGCCUGCAGGCCAUAUGUUGGACACUACUGACGUGAUAUGUACAACUAGGAGCUUAAUAUAUCAUUGAACCAACCUACAGUGCAGGUGAAACCAACCUACUGUGCAAGUAAAUGCAACUUGGUCCUUGGAUUCCAUAGGUGAAUGUGUAUCAAUAUGUGUGUUUCUUGACUGUGUGUUUCUCGAUUCAGGUUUUGAACUGUCUUGGUAAAACUGUUUGUCUUUUAUAGUUGGGAGACAUAGCCAGAUAACCAGAUUUCCAUGUUUUGCAUUAACUGUGCAUGGAAAAAUAACUUGCAAGUUGCAGUUCACAUGGAUUUGGUAAUGGCAGUGUUUGUGGACUCGUGACAUAGCUUGAACUGCUCAGAACAGCAGGGGCUAACUCAGGACAGGUUCUGUUCUGGCCUUGCUCUCCUCCAGAGUGCCUCAGCUGCCUCACUCUUUCCAGUUGUCCUCUCAUCUUUUCUUGUCACUGUCAGUGUUUUGUUGAAAUUUUUUGGUUUUCUCAACUUCUCUUGGGUCUAGCAUAUUAAAGGCUCAGUAAAUGUAGCUUUAUGUGUGCCUGAUGUAAAGUUGCGGUACUAAAAGGAGUGAGUAAAAGACUAGUUGUGGCUAGUGUACUCCUAGAACAGUAUUACAAGAGAUGUAUUCAAGCUUUUUGUACCUCAGGAUGUCUAGUAACCUGAGAUCAGGCAGCUGUAGUUCACAUACGACUUAAGUACACUUUGGAGUCUGCAUAACAUGUUAAAUUACAUCUACCCAACUGCCCCAUAAACCAAACGCUUUCUAUAAAUAACACUUUUCAAUGUAAUUAUCAGAAGAACCAUUUGGCAGAUGCUUCAGCUUAAACUUGAGGAGCACAUUUGAAGUUAAUUGCGUGUAUACGGUUGGGAGAGAUUGUGGCCUUAAUAGUCACACUGAACAGAAGCUAGACUUCAUGUUAUACAAAGGGAGAAAGUUGCAUUAUCUAAGCUAUGCUCUAAUAUUCUUGUAUUUCCCAAAACGAGAUGUUCCAGUAACUAGGACCACUUCUUUGGUUUCAAAGAAAAUCAAGCUAUUUAUGCCAUAUACUAGAAAUGUGACUCUUGUGCUAUAUUCAUGAAGUUACAGAAAUAACAAAACCCAAGCUGGCUUACAUACUAAAUAAGUGAUAGUUCUGACACUGUAGUAGGCUGCUGAGGCAGAAAUACUUCUGGAAAAUACUUAGAAAUAGCUUUUUUACUUUAAUAUGCGAGUAGAAUUUCAGCAAGGCCUUGUAUGUUUGUCUUUUUCUAUUAAAAAUAAAAGUCCAUUGAUAAAAUCAGCUUUAAC